CGUGAAAAUUGCGCGUUGUCUGGCGUCGUCUUAAUUGAGUUAAGAACAGCUGCUUUACUCGUAUUUCAAUAUAAAAUGGUUGAAGAACGUACUGACGCAACUGAUGCGAUGGAAUCUAUAAACCAGUGCCACUGCUGCCUGCAGCGGCCUUCGGCGAAAGAUUUGAGGACACCGUUCACUCGCCUCGGCAUAACGGAAAUAUAUUCGAUUAUGAUAGAAGAAUGCUUUGUAAUCAAACUGGCACCAAGUAACAAUGGCAAGAGUGGUAUCUGCGAGGUGUGUCUGGAGCGCCUGCGGGAGGCAUGCCACUUCAAGAUGCAGGUGCAGCACUGCCAGGCCGAGCUGCAGGAGAGGUUGGAGAGUGGACUGAAUAUCAAAGACGAGGAGUGCUGGGACCUAGACCAGCCACCUGAAGAUAGCUCGUGCUGCGAGCCUUCUUUAUCUUCAGACGAGGAGUCCCCGGUCCCGCCGUGUGAAGGGCCGCGAGACGAACAUUUGUUACUGUGUUCAGCCAGCAAGUACGGAGUGAGAACGUCGCCUCUGUCCCUGCGCUGUCGGCAGCAGCUCGCGCUGGCGUGCUCCGUGAGGCUCGAGCGCCUCCGCGACUCCCUGCGCGCGAGCCAGCCGUGUCCCGUGACGUCACACCCCGAGCCGAGCCAGCCGUGUCCCGUGACGUCACACCGCGAGCCGAGCCAGCCGCGUCCCGUGACGUCACACCGCGAGCCGAGCCAGCCGCGUCCCGUGACGUCACACCGCGAGCCGAGCCAGCAAUGUCCCGUGACGACACACCGCGAGCCGAGCCAGCCGUGUCCCGUACCGUCACAACGCGAGCCGAGCCAGCCGUGUCCCGUACCGUCACACUGCGAGCCGAGCCAGCCUUGUCCCGUGACGUCACACCGCGAGCCGAGCCCCGCCAGCAGUGUGCAGGACGCGCCCGCUCACACACCCGCCGAGGAACAAGCACAAACACCCCACUCACAUACACACGACACUCGCCCCACAAACAUCCCACACAACUCUAGUUUAAUCACACACAAACAGGAACAUAUCGCACCACAAACGAAUAAGAAGAAUUACUGUUGCGACAUGUGCAGUCAGCAAUUUACGUCAAAACUUACUUUAAUCCGACAUAUCAGAACACAUACACACCCGGAACAUACAUGCGGAGUUUGUAAUGAAGCAUUCCUAAAUAUCUUAUUACUGAAUAAGCAUUUAAGAUUUCACUCAUCAGAGAGACCGUACGUUUGUGGAGAAUGCAAUAAGCGAUUUGCAGCAAAAACCUAUUUGUAUAUACAUAGAAAAAUCCACACUGGAGAGAAACCAUACAUAUGUAAAGAAUGUAACAGGCAAUUCGGACGAAAAGAGAGUUUAAUUAGACAUAAUAGAAUUCACAGUGGAGCGAAACCAUAUGAAUGUAUAGAAUGCAACACGAAAUAUGCAGAUAAAUCUAGAUUUAAUGAACAUAUAAAAAAUAAUCACGCUCGUCGAGCGAAUUUACAAAUGCACUGGAGAAUUCGUCAUGAAGGGAUAUAUAUCUGUGACCACUGUAAUAAGCAAUUCAGACAUAAAUGUUACUUAGGUAGACAUAUAAGAGUAGUUCACGCUCCAGAAAAACUAUACGCGUGUCAAGAGUGUACCAAGGCGUAUAAACGUAAAGAUCAUUUAGAUAGACAUUAUAUAAUGACACAUACUCGGCGGAGAUUAUUUGGAUGUAAGGUGUGCAACAAGCAGUUUGCACUUAAAUAUCAAUUAGAUCAACAUGAACGAAUCCAUAGUAAAGUCAGACAAUGUAACAAAGAAUUCACACAAAAAGCAACUUUAAUUAGACAUGAAAAAACGCAUGAAGUGAAACCAUACAAGUGUAAAGAAUGUGACAUGGGAUUCACAAAAAAACUAUAUUUAGUAAAUCAUGAAAGACUUCACACCGCAGAAAAAACAUAUAGAUGUGAAGAAUGUAACGUGGCAUUUACACAAAAAAGUAGUUUAAAUGAUCAUGUAAAAAUUAAACACGGCAAUAUAAUAGACAACAUACAAUUCAAAGAUGACUUUGUUGCUUAUGAAAGACACGUCGAAGGACAACUAUCCAGCUGUAAUGAACUAAACCAGCAUCUAAGUCAAAAAUAUAUUUCAGAUACACAUAAAAUGAAUCACAUCGGAGAGAAGCCGUAUACUUGUGAAGAAUGUAAGAACAAGUUUACAUUAGAAUCUGAGUUAGAAAGACAUAAAAAGAUUCAUACCAAUGAACAAUCACACGAAUGCGAAAUUUGUGAAACAAUUUUCUUCGAUGAAAUAAGUUUAGUCAAACAUAUUGAAACACAUAAAUCCAGGAUACCAUAACCUUGUUGUUUCGUAAAAGUGUUAAAUAUAAUAACUCAAUUUUUUAAAUAUAUUCAUGCCACCGACAGGAACGCAGGUAUACAGAGUAUUUUAUAUUCAGGUGACAAAGUUGUUCCACAAUCCACAUUCACUUCAUCAUCAUUAAUAUUAAGAGGGAAGAAUACUAAGUACUCACUCGUCCAUACAAAAAAAGAAAAUGUUUUUCAGGUCUAAAUAUUUUCCAUUCUCCAUGAUUUUUUAGUACGUUAUUGAAACAAUGGAAAACUAGGUUUAAUUAAGUUUAGGUUUAUUUGCAAUAGGUUCAGAAACUUAUAGGCACCUCAAAAAGUUAAGUUAAGUCUUCCUUAGGACCCCUCUGCAGGUUGCUCGAUAAGGAGGACAUCGGAAAGCAACAACCUUGAUUCUCGCCAAAAGGCAAGUCACCAGGCCAUGAUGGCCUCUCCAUCGAGCAACUGCGUUACUUGCCCUCGGACAUGAUCAAAACUUUGGUGGUGCCUAUUAUCAAGUCCAAGUCGGGAGAUGUAUCGGAUAAGUCUAACUACAGACCUAUCUCCUUGGCCACGAUAAUAGCAAAGGUACUUGACAGUGUGCUCAACUCGCAUUUAAAAAGGUAUGUGAAGCUAAACGAUGCUCAGUUCAGUUUCGUACCGGGGCUAUCUACGGAAGCUGCUAUUCUUAGUUUGAAGCACACUGUCAGGUAUUACACCGACCGGGAUACGCCAAUUUAUGCUUGUUUUAUGGAUCUUUCCAAAGCAUUCGACACGAUUUCAUAUAAUAUACUUUGGCGUAAACUGGAAGGAAUAGGGCUACCACCGGAGUUAAUUUCGUUAUUUAAGUAUUGGUACUUACACCAGGAAAAUCGAGUGAGUCGGACCCAUGUGGGCUGGACUGCGGGGUAAGGCAAGGGGGGUUGAGCUCGCCUUAGCUCUUCAGUUUAUACAUGAAUGCACUGAUUGAGGAGCUCAGUAGCACUCAUGUCGGUUGUUUUGUGGACGGUGUUUGCGUCAAUAACCUGAGUUACGCAGAUGACAUGGUGGUGCUGGCCCCCUCAGUCAGUGCAUUGCGUCAGCUGAUCGAGGUGUGUGAGGCGUGAGGCGUACGCAACAGCGCAUGGUUUGACUUAUAUUGUAAGUAAAACAAAGAUCAUGGUCUUUAAGGCGGGAAGUAAAUGUCCUUUCUUUGUACCACCUAUCACCCUUAAAAGUCUUCCACUCGAAAGAGUGACACAUUUCAGAUACCUGGGACAUUUGCUGACCGAUGACCUGAAGGGCGAUUUAGAUAUGGAGAGGGAGCGCAGGGCAUUGUCAGUUAGAGCGAACAUGCUAGCCCGCAGAUUUGCUCGGUGUACAGAUGAAGUCAAAAUCACACUCUUCAAAGCUUACUGUACAUCACUGUACACGUCAAGUCUGUGGGUUAGAUAUACUCAGCGAGCUUACAAUGC